UUACUGAGUUACACUUCACUUCACCUCACUUUAACACUUCUAAAAGAAGUUGAGAUGGGUUAGUGGAGUUUGUCAGCUUUAAUAACUGUCCUGUAGACCGUUAUCGGCCGUUUGAAGUCUUAUUUAUAUCGGCUUUGAAAUGAUCGACUCUUAAUGCUCACCAUUACAUCUUUGUGUCUAACAGCAGUCGAGCUUUAGGAAGGAAGCAGAAGAGGAAAAGCGACUGACUGCGCACUGCUGGCCCACUAAACACUCACAUCUAUAGGGAACAUUACUUAAAGGGGCACGUAACAACCUACAUACUCGCCACAUCAAUUAUCUUAUUUUUUAAAACGUAUCUUAUUUAUAUAAGUGUAAAUACAAAUCAGAGGUCUCCCAGACUAUGUGAAGUUUGGACUGUUUGUGUAGCUGAAGGUUGUUUUUCGUGCUAAAGGAUUGCUUUGCUUAUGUACUUGUGCUGAUCGAACAUAAAAUCGCUCCAACUGACGUGAUCGAUCAUGGCCACAGAUGUGACAUUGUCUGAAGAAGUCUCAAACCAGAGAGACUCGAGUGAAAUGAACUCCAACAGAAGUAAUCUCGAAUCAGACACACCAAAUCGGACAUCCGAGACGCUGGACAAUAGAAAUAUAGGUAGCCCUUUAUCAUCAUUAUCAUCGGUUCAUGCUGGAGAAGAAAUAUCGGAGGACUCCUCAACAGGGAAUUCACUGCAGAAUGGAAACCGUCCGAUCCAAACAGGACAUCUGCCACAGGAAGCAGCGACUCCAGACAAUGGACAAAAACAAGCGCCGACAGGCGUGAAAACUUCCACUCCAGUCCGACUGCAAUUAGUUGAACACAAUGGAAGUUUUGAGCACCAGGAGUCAUUAGCUACCACAGAGGCGCUGCUGAGAAUGGAAGGGGUGGAGCUAAAGGAGGAGUGGCAAGAUGAGGAUUUUCCCAGGCCACUCCCUGAGGAGGAAGAUAUUCAGCUUGAUGAAGAGCUCUUCACUGGCUCAUCUGGUGAUGGAGGACCUGCCUCGCAAUCUUAUGGUUUGAGCAGUACAAAGAAAACCAAAAAGAAACUUUUGGCCCCGGACAUCAGCCUGAAUCUGGACCACAGUGAGGGAUCGGCCCUUUCAGAUGAGCUGGAUGAGAGUACAGAACUGGACCUGGAUGAUAUAGACACCCCUUCUGACAACAGCAAUGAGUUUGAGUGGGAAGAUGACCUCCCAAAGCCUAAAAGCACAGACUUGCUACGUAAAGGAGUGGAGUCGAUGCCGGAGUACUCCAGCUCAGAGGAACGGAAAGAGGGCCGCCGCUGGAGAGUAUUCCGCAUUGGAGAUCAGGAGCACAGAGUGGACAUGAAGGCCCUCGAGCCCUACAAGAGAGUUAUCAGUCACGGAGGUUACUAUGGUGAUGGACUGAAUGCUAUCAUUGUCUUUGCUGUUUGCUUUAUGCCUGAGAGCAAUCAACCAAAUUACAGAUACAUCAUGGAUAAUCUUUUCAAGUAUGUCAUAGGAACUCUAGAGCUGCUUGUUGCUGAGAACUAUAUGAUUGUAUAUCUGAACGGAGCCACCUCACGCCGGAAGAUGCCCAGUGUAGGCUGGCUCAGGAAGUGCUAUCAGCAAAUAGAUCGGAGGUUAAGGAAGAAUUUAAAGUCUUUGAUAAUUGUGCACCCGUCCUGGUUUAUCCGCACCCUCCUGGCCAUCACAAAACCUUUUAUAAGCACAAAAUUUAGCCAGAAAAUCAAGUAUGUGUACAGCCUAACAGAUCUGGCUGAACUUGUCCCGAUGGAGUAUGUUUCCAUACCAGAGUGCAUUAAACAGUUUGACGAAGAAAAAAAUAGGAAAAAACAUAAAAGAUUUAGAUUCUGAUGUUCUGUCCUCUGAGUACUGCUGCUGUUAGUAUGGACUGACAAGGACAUGCAUGGAAAAGUGGAGAUUGCCACAGCUGCGGUGCCAGAGUGAGCUGGAGGAAGAUUUUAAGAGAGAAGCAGGAAGAAUAAAAGAAUGUGGCUGAUUUUAACUGGAGAACACAAGAUGUCAGAAAAGUGCCUUUAAUGUGCCGGUUACAUUAUGGAACCGUGUUCUUUUUUUCUUUUUUCUGUUGCAUUUGUGUGCCAAAUGCCUGUCAGGUGGCAUCUGAUUUCUCUGCAUCAAGUGUUUUAAUAACCUUUUAUGUAUCAUUUCAAUAAGUAGAUCCUGUCAACGUUGUUCGAGUUCCUAUUGUAUCUUGCUAGUAGUUAAGGCACUUAACAGUGUUCUACAUUUACACUUAAAUAUCUAUAUUUAUAUUCAAAAGGUGAUAAAGGGGAAAGAUUAAUAUAUUUUUAUGAUUGAAAUGUUAUUUUAGGGCCUCAGUCCUGCCGCCUUUGUCAUCUGCUCUCUGAAUGUCUGUAUACCAGAUACUAUUUACGGUUGAAUGAGUUGUACGAUUUAAGCUUCAGAAAAACGUAUAGAUGAGAAAAGACAGAACGACUGAGGAAACUAUUGCACCAGUAACAGUUGUCCAGUUAAUAUUCAUGAAAUGGUUUGGGAGGGUGGGGUUGUUGCAAGUAAACUUCCAAUGCAAAAAUCACAUUGUCAUUGUGUCUGAAACAACUGAAUGCACUACAGACACUCUACAACUCCUAUUCAGUAUUAUGUUAUGUUCCUUUAUGGAAACAGGACAUGAUGAAUCACUUUUAUUGUGUGAGGCAUCUGCACUCAAUAUUUACUCUUUCAGAGAUAAAUAGGAUAUUGGGUGUAUUCAUUUUAGGCUUAGUGGUCCUUAAUUUACUGCCCAUUUACUCUUACUCAUGUUGUUUUAAGCCUUUAUAACUUCCUUUCUUCUGUGGACCACUCAAGUAGAUGUUUGGCAGAAUGUUAGCCUCAGUCACCAUUCAGUUUCAUUAUAUGGCAGUCCUUAACAAGCUGCCAUUUGUUUUUCAUGGAAGAAGGAAAGUCAUACAUUUUUGGGACGAUAUGAGGGUGAAUAAAAGGUGACAGAAUUUUCAUUUUUGGUGAAUUAUCCCUUUAAUGCUCUCAUAUUUAUCUACAGUAGCUAUAUUGUCUUUGUCAUUUAUAUUAGACACCAGUUGAGGUUGCUAUAUUGCUACUUUAUGAUCAUGUAAUUGGCCUUCAAGUUUUAAAAGUUUGCAAGAAGAGUCCAUUGAGAAAAUCUGCUCAGAAAGUACAUUCUCCUAAGGGAAGACAUUCAUUACAGUUUAUCUAGUAAUGCAAUAACACACUGUCCCACACAGAGUAAAGGUAUGCAUUCAAACGCCAAACAUCUUUAAACACCCAGAACUAUAUCAUUUAAAAAGUCAAUAAAGGCUACAAAAACAAAAGGCAGUUUGCUCGAUGGAAUGGGUUAUAAAAUUUUGA